AUGCCUCGUACGACAACUGCAUCAAACAAAGGUAAAGAUGAAUCGGUUCGAGUCGUUGUCCGAUGUCGUCCGAUGAGUGAUCAAGAACAAGAAUCUGGUUGUGAAAGAGUUGUUGAUAUCGAUGGGCAACGUCGACAAAUAUCUAUUCGACGAUCAACUGUUGAAUUUUCUCAACGUAAUACUGAUGAUACUGUACAUGCCUUCUUUUUUGAUUCUGUUUAUGAUUGGAAUUCACAACAAAAAGAUGUUUAUGAUCAAACAGCACGACCACUUGUUGAUUCAGUACUUGAAGGUUUUAAUGGCACAAUAUUUGCCUAUGGACAAACUGGUACUGGUAAAACAUUUACUAUGGAAGGUGUUCGUUCUCAAGUGGAAUUACGUGGAAUAAUUCCAUCAUCAUUUGCACAUAUAUUUGAUUCAAUUUCACAUACUACAUCAAGACAAUUUCUUGUACGAGCUUCUUAUCUUGAAAUUUAUAACGAAAGUAUUCGUGAUCUUUUAUCAAGAGAUCAAAAUAAACGUUUACAAUUACAAGAACAUCCUAAAGAAGGUGUUCAUGUACAUGAUCUUAGUUCAUUUAUUACAAAAAAUAUACAAGAAAUUGAACAUGUUAUGACAACAGGAAAUUUAAAUCGUUCAACAGGAGCAACAAAUAUGAAUGAACAUAGUUCACGGUCGCAUGCUAUUUUUAUUAUUACUGUAGAAAGUAGUGAGAUUGGUGUGGAUGGAAAAGCACAUAUUCGUGUUGGAAAACUUAAUCUUGUUGAUUUAGCUGGAAGUGAACGUCAAGCAAAAACAGGAUCAACUGGUGAACGUUUUAAAGAAGCAACAAAUAUAAAUUUAUCUCUUUCUGUACUUGGUAAUGUUAUUUCUGCACUUGUUGAUGGUAGUUCACAUAUACCUUAUCGUGAUUCAAAAUUAACUCGAUUGUUACAAAAUUCACUUGGUGGCAAUUCUAAGACAAUUAUGAUUGCAACACUUGGACCAGCCGAUUAUAAUUAUGAAGAAUCUCUUACAACACUUCGUUAUGCUAAUCGAGCUAAAAAUAUAAAGAACCAACCACGUAUAAAUGAAGACCCUAAAGAUGCUUUAUUACGAAAAUUUCAAGAAGAAAUAGCUCGAUUAAAAGAACAACUUGAUGGAAGAACUAAAAGUGGUAAAACAUCACGUCGACAUAGAAAUCACGAUGAAGCUGAUAAUGAUGAAAGUAAUUAUAGUGACCAAAAUGAUGAAGAAUUAUAUCUCAAAGAACAACAAGACAAACUCAAUGAAGAAAAAAGAUCAAUUUUUCAGAAAAAAAAUUUAAAUGAAACCGAACGAGAAAUCAUGCUUAGAGAAUUAGAAGAAAAACAACAAGAAAUUCAACGUGAACAAGACGAACGUCGUGAAAUGCAAAAUAAAAUUCAACAAAUGGAAUCAAAAUUAAUUACUGGUGGAAAAGAUAUUGUUACACAUACAAGUGAACAAGAAGAAACACUACGACAAAAACGACGUUUAAUUGCUGAAGCUGAGCGUCGUCAUCGUGAGGUUCAACAAAAAUUAGAACAAGGUGAAGAAGAACGACAAACAAUGAAUGAAAAAUAUACAAAUGUAAAAGAAGAAGUUGAAGAUAAACGUGCUAAAAAAGAGAAAUUAUCUAAGCAAUUAAAAAAACUUGAAGCUAAAAAACUUGAGAUUGUUGAAAAACAUCGAACAGCACGUGAAGAACUUGAAGCUGAACAGCGCGAAAUUCAAAAGCAAGCCAAAUUAUUUCAACUUAUCAUUAAAAAUUUUAUUCCUAUUGAUGAAUGUGACCGAUUAUUAAAAAGAGUUCAAUUUGAUGAUCAACAUAAUCAAUGGACACUGAAAGAAUUAUCAAAACAAACAGAUCAAAUGGCUGCUCGUCCGAUAUUAGCUCGUGGUGAUCGGCGUCCAAUAGCUUUACAUUCACAGUCUAAUUCGAUUCCUGAAAUAGCUUAUUUUAAAGGUGAAAAUAUUAUUUUACUACAACUUGAUUUUCCUAGUCGAACAACUCGUGAUUAUGAAGGCCCAAUGGUUUCACCAAUGAUUAAAGCAACUAUUGAAAAUGCAAUGAGAGAAGAAGAAUAUAUUGAAUUAGAUGCCAAUAAUAUUCCACCUGAAAAACGCAAGAAAAAAAACAGUGGUGGUACUUAUGACAAUAAUACAUCAUCAACAUCAACUAUGUCUCGUAUUGGAUAUGGAGAUUUACAUACAAGUCGUAGUAUAAAUAGUGCACGACGUUAA